UUUAUUGAAAAAAGAUUACCAACAAACUGAUGGUGCUGGCUAAUUUUGCCUAACUAAUUAGCAGAUAACAAUGGACAAACAUCUCAGGCGCCCGCUGCAGCUAAAUGUUAGUGGCACAAUACAUCCAGAGAUGCUCUUGCUCUCCAUUGCGACCGGCACACAACCAAAAUCCAAAAGGAGCUCCCUUUCACUUGCUCCGUCAACCUCUUUCUUGCUCUUUGCUUUUGCUUUACCUUCAAAGUGAAUGCUCUAAAGCAAGAAAAGCAUAGAUUUUUAGCACCCCACCACUUCAAUUCUCUGAAACAUCUCUGUUUCCUCCAUACUUUUCAUGGGUUUUAGUUCUUUUUUUUAUUUUCCUAGUGGGGUUUGCUUUCUGAGGUCCAAGUCCUCGAAUUUGUUGCAUAGUUGUGUUUUUUGUUUGGAAUUGUAGUGUGGGUAUUGGUCUUUUAUACUGAUUGUUGUUGUUUUGAGUGAUUUGGGAUCUGAUAUCAGGUCUAGGGUUUACCAUUGAGGAACCAAAGAUCUGCCUUUUGCCAUUGUUUCUCGAUUUUUCCUUGAUUUUUGGAAAGUUGAGCCUUUUCUAGAUUCCUCAAUCUGUGCCCAUGUGAAAAAGCUUACUCAGAUUCUAUUUAAAUGCUUCGUGAUUUGAUGCUUCUUUGUUACUAAAAACCACAGUUUCUC